UUCUUUAGUAUGUUUUCAAAAUAAAUUAUAUAACUGAAUUAUAAGUUCCAUCUCUCAACAUCUUCUGAUACACACACACACACUCUCUCUCUCUCUCUCUCUCUCUCUCUCUUUUCUGUAAAGCUGUUUGGUUCUGAACACAGAAAUGGGCGUUGGAGGCACUCUCGAGUACUUAUCUGAUCUAAUGGGAAGUGGAAACCACCAUCACCAGCACCGCCAUUACAACAAGAUGAUGAAGAAGAAGCCAUUUCAGACUGUGGAGCUCAAAGUCAGAAUGGACUGUGAAGGCUGUGAACUUAAGGUCAAGAAAGCCCUCUCUUCCUUAAGUGGGGUGAGAUCGGUGGAGAUAAACAGGAAGAUGCAGAAAGUGACAGUGACAGGGCAUGUGGAAGCAAGCAAAGUGUUGAAGAAGGCGAAAUCAACAGGGAAGAGAGCAGAGAUAUGGCCUUACGUGCCUUACAAUUUGGUGGCUCAUCCUUAUGCUGCUCCUGCUUAUGACAAGACUCCUCCUGGUUUUGUCAGAAACGUUGAGCCUUCUUCUUCUUCCUCCAUUGCAGCCCGAUAUGAAGAUUCUUACAUCUCCUUCUUCAGUGAUGACAACCCCAAUUCUUGCUCUGUUAUGUAA